AUGCCUCCUAAGCGAAACCUAUCCCAGAACUUGGCAUACCGGAAAACGAAAAUUCGAAAUACCAAUGACAAAAAUAGAGGCCCAGUCACAUCGACUUCUUUAAGGGCCUACACGGCCAGCCCUCAGACAACCUCCUUUUUGGAAGCUCAGAGCACUAACACCAUGAGCCCGAAUGAACCGACAUUUGUUAUUGGCCUCGACUUCGGAACUACUAUGACUUCAGUAUCAUACUACAAGUUCAAUUCCCAGGAUCGUCCAGCCACCGUUGCUCGGAAUGCCAUCAAGUCCAUCACCAAUUGGCCACAUUCAGGUCGGGAUCAGAGCAAAGGUGAAGUUCCAAGCGAAGGCUUGUAUCUGGAGGGGAAGUAUUUCUGGGGUUAUGAAGCUCGCCCCAAAUUGAAGCAUGCCCAGUGCAGUGGAGAGUCACUAAAUGCUUCUAACAGACUUAUCAGAUUCGCAAAACUUAUUCUGGAAAAGCCUGGACUUGAACUGGAUGAUACUGAUGCGAUUCGGGAGAUGAAGGAGACAAUGAGAAAUCUGGGUAAAUCUGUGAAAGAUGUCAUUACAGAUUAUUUGGUUGAAGUUUUUCGCUAUACCAAAAAACAUCUGGCGGAUCAUGAAGACUUUCGGGAAACAAGCCCAGUGGAACUUUCUCUUUCUGUUCCCGCCGGAUGGCGUUUGCGUACCUCCUGGUCCAUGCAAGAGAUAGUGAAAGACGCCACAGUGAUGGCUUCACUUGGUCAGCCAGAUGCAUUUGACUUGUUCAUCAUCAACGAGCCCGAAGCCGCUGCGGCUUUUGCUGUUGACGUAAUGACAGGUGUCAACCGAUUGCAGGAUGUCACAACUUACAACGUAAAACAACAAAAUCCACUUCGCCUGACUGAGGCCGUUGAUCCUAAGGGUGACGAUUUUGGAUCUACUUGUGUCAAUCGAGAAAUGGAGAAAGAUCUAAGGAAUCGCUUCAGAUCCAGGUCGGAUUCUCAUAGAGUCCUCUCGGAGAAAGAUAUUUCAAUCGAGUAUCAGCUCUUCCAUGACGUUUUCCGGAGAUUUGAGGAAGACCUCAAAAGAAAUUUUGAUUCCAGUCGCGGUCUAGACGGAUAUGAAUACCUCGAUUUUCACGGUUUAAAAGCAAAUCUACAACAUGGUUUCGACGAGAGAAUUGGCUUUGCGAACAAUAUGAUCAAGAUCUCCAGGAGGGCGGUACAAGGAUGGUUUCAACCAAGCCUUGAAGGUAUCGCCGGUCUGAUAAAACAACAAGAGGAUCUUUGUACAGACAGAAAAUUGGUUUUGAAAAAGGUAAUCCUUGUCGGUGGUUACUCGCAGUCAAACACAUUACGACAGUUCAUGAACACAAAAUUUCCGCACCUCCAAUUGAUUUAUCCCAGAGAUAGGAAAUUCGAGGGACAUCGUUACAAGGCAUCUUUCCUGAACCCAUGUAACCUUCGGGAGUACGCCACAAAUUGUCUCAAUUGGAUCAUCAAAAAGGGCCGUGUCGUGGAAUGGAAUGAAACCUUUGUGAAAGAACACUAUCAGAUCUUUGAGGAAGGGCAGAAUUGGGAAAUCAGGGAACAAAUCUAUUAUUCUGAGAAAGACGGAAUAAAAGACCACUACACCUUGGAACACGAGAUGAACAAAGGAGUAUCCGAACCUGCUGGAAUGAUCGUGGUGGAUCUCACAGAGUUGAUGACCCGGUUUGAUUUACAGCUGAUAUGCGGAGAAGACAAGAAAUAUUACGAGAUCCAUUACGAUCUUAUUACGCAGCUCACGGGCCGAAAUCUCACUGUUUCUUUGAGAUACCCUCCCGGCGAACAAGUCCGAGCUUCAACCCAGGUCUGCAUCGCGGCAUCAUUCGAACCCGGUGCAGAGUAA